AUGUCACGACCGUCUGAUCGGGACGUCCUCCCAGAUACCAUCAAGCCUACCAACUACAAUGUGUCCCUUUACAACCUUGAGUUCGGCGGAAGUUGGGGCUAUGAAGGAACGGUGAAGAUCGACUCGUCGGUAAAAUCUUCCACCGACGAAGUUGUGCUCAAUGUGAAGGAAAUUGAGAUCACUGCUGCUGAAGUCCUAGGAAAGGACGCUACUCUCAAGGAUGCCACCUACGACAAGUCGAAUGAGCGGGUCACCGUCAAGCUCACCGAGUCACUCAGUCCCGGAGAUACAACCAUCUCGCUCAAGUUCAGAGGCACUAUGAACAAUGCCAUGCGUGGUUUCUACCGAGCAAAGUACAAGCCGACGGAGACCCCUGCAUCAGGGACACCCAGUGAUGGCGAGCAUCACUACAUGUUCAGCACUCAGUUUGAGGCAUGUGAUGCACGAACAGCAUUUCCUUGUUUCGAUGAGCCGAAUCUGAAGGCCUCCUUUGAGUUCGAAGUCGAGAUUCCGGAAGAUCUGGUCGCUCUCUCCAACAUGCCCGAGAAAGGAACACGAAAGGGGAGCAAAGACGGCCUUAAGGUCGUGUCUUUCGAGAAGACGCCUCCGAUGAGUACCUAUCUUGCGGCCUGGGCGAUUGGUGAUUUCGAGUAUGUUGAAGCCCACACGGAACGUCAGUACAAUGGCAAGAACAUUCCGGUUCGCGUCUAUACAACUCGAGGCCUCAAAGAGCAAGGUCGCUUCGCUCUCGAUCACGCACACAAGAUCCUAGACUACUUCUCUGACAUCUUCGACAUCGAGUAUCCUUUACCGAAGUCCGAUCUUCUGGCUGUCCACGAAUUUGCUAUGGGAGCUAUGGAGAACUGGGGUCUAGUCACGUACCGCACUACAGCUGUCCUGUUCGAUGAAGAGAAGUCAGACGCGCGUUUCAAGAACCGCGUUGCUUAUGUUGUUGCUCACGAGCUGGCCCACCAAUGGUUCGGCAAUCUCGUCACGAUGGACUGGUGGAAUGAAUUGUGGCUCAACGAGGGUUUCGCUACUUGGGUCGGCUGGCUUGCGACAGAUUAUCUGCAUCCAGAAUGGAAAGUGUGGUCCCAGUUCGUGACUGAAGGAUAUCAAUCAGCCCUGCAGCUGGACUCGCUGCGAGCGUCUCACCCGAUCGAAGUACCAGUUCGCAACGCCUUGGAAGUGGACCAGAUUUUCGACCACAUCUCCUAUCUGAAAGGCUCUUCCACCAUUCGCAUGUUGAGCAACCACCUUGGUCAGGAGAUCUUCCUGAAGGGCGUCAGCGAUUACCUCAAGAUUCAUGCCUACGGCAACGCACGAACAGACGAUCUAUGGGAUGCUCUAAGCAAAGCGUCUGGACAAGAUGUAAAGGCCUUCAUGGACCCGUGGAUCAAGAAGAUUGGGUUUCCUGUUGUCACAGUCGCCGAAGAGCCUGGCCAGAUCAGCAUUAAGCAAAGCAGAUUCUUGACGACCGGCGAUAUUAAGGCUGAGGAGGACGAAACAAUAUGGUGGAUCCCGGUCGGCCUUCGGACAGGAAGCCCCGAAAAGGUGGUACACAGUGCGCUGACGACCAAAGAAGACACCAUUCGUGAAGUGGAUGACGAAUUCUACAAAAUCAAUGCCGAUCAAACCGGUUUCUACCGGACUAACUACCCGCCACCGCGAUUGCAGAAGCUCGGUCAAUCUAAGGAUAGGCUUAGUGAAGAAGACAGAAUCGGGUUAGUCGGAGACGCCGGUGCUCUAGCUGUCGCCGGCAACGGGACUACACCAGCGUUAUUGUCCCUCCUGGAGGGCUUCCAGGAUGAGAAGAGCUACCUCGUCUGGGCACAGGUCGCCAGCUCGCUUUCAAAGGUGAAGUCAGUAUUCUCCGAGAACAAAGAGGUUUCAGCUGGGCUGAAGAAGUUCUCGCUCAAACUUGUGUCUCCAGCCGUGGAGGCCUCUGGCUGGGAGUUCAAGCAAGACGAAGAGUGGCUCACAGGCCAAUUGCGCAAGCUCCUCAUUGGGCUCGCUGCCAACUCUGGACACGAGGCAACGAUUGCUGAGGGCAAGAAGAGGUUUGAGGCGUGGAAAGGGGGCGACGAAAAGGCCAUCCAUCAAAAUCUGCGAAAUGUUGUAUUCAACAUGGCAGUCGCCAACGGCGGCAAGUACGAGUGGAACACUGUCAAAGACGAAUACUUGAAGACCAAGUCAGUCGACGGGAAGGAGAUCUGCCUCGUCGCUCUUGGUCGUUCCAAAGACAAGCAACUGGUGGGCGAACUACUCGAAUUCGCGAUGACCGACAAAGUUCCACCCCAGGACGCGCAUUCGGCUAUUGUUGCAGUUGCUGCCAACAACGAAAAUCGUCUGGUUGGCUGGGAGUUCACACGAGAUCAGUGGGAUCGUGUGAGCAAGAAAUUGGGCGUCUCGAACAUCGUCCUCGACAGAUGGAUCAAGAUGGGCUUCACCAGUUUUGCUGACGAAGCAGUGGCUGAGGACAUUGCGAACUUCUUCAAGGACAAAGACACGACUGCUUUCGCGCGCAGUCUGGUGAUCAUUUCCGACUCGAUUGCUGCCAAUGCCGCCUACAAGAAUCGCGACGAAGCAGUCCUUCUGGAGUGGCUGAAGGCCAACGGCUAUGCCUGA